AUGAUUAUAAACCCACAGGAACGCAAUGUCAAGCUAGAUACCCUUGCGGUAUUUCGCGUAGCACUAAUUGCCCGAAGGUUAUCAUCCAACGCGACUGUUGCAGUAGCAAGUACUGUCAGGAUCGAAUGUGCCAGCGAGUCGAUAAUCGUCCACAUUUCCACGGAAGGGAACACUGAUUUUCAUGGAUUGGUCUAUCCUAGAGGAUUAUCCAAGAAUAGCUCCUGUUUGCAGGAAUACAAGAGCCAACCAGCACCAAUUACAUAUCGACUGCCUCUUAGGUCUUGCAAUACCAUGCCAACAGAAUUGGACGACGGAGGAAUAGAGUACUUCAACACAAUUGUAGUUCAACCGCAUUUGAAGCUGGUUACCAAUCAAGGAAGAGGCUUCCAUGUUAGGUGCCGUUAUCAGACGAGAGACAAAGUUGUUACGAACGACCAAACUCGCGUUGCGAUGCUUCAAUCCCUGCCGUUGCAGGCUAUGGCGCCAAUGCCUGGGUGCACCAUGAAGAUAUUCAGCGGAGACCCAACUCGCCAUCAUGUAGCAGAAAACGUUAAAAUUGGAGAUCCGCUUACCUUAGUCAUCAGUAUCGACAAGCAAGAGAUAUGUCCUAUUGACGGCGAAAUAAUGGGACAAUUCACGUACAGCGAGGACAAAACGGAAGCAAAGGUCAAUUUUCAGGCUCAUAAAUUUCCUUACACUGCCAGCGUUUACUACCAAUGCAACGUAAGACUGUGUACCAAACAUGGCGGCGGAUGCUCCGAUACGCCGCCAUCUUGCAACGAGAUCAGCAGAAGGAAGAGAGCUACCGGAAGAUUAGACGACAAAGAUGUCGCUUUGGACGGUACUCCGGCGACCAUUGAAGUCUACAGCGGCCUCUAUGUUAAUGAAGCUUCGGACCUUGGCGGGAAAUCUGAACUUACUGAUGAUGUCUUCCGAGAAAGAACUAUCGACGAAGCAGACAGCAUCUGCAUAUCCCAGCGAAGCUUCGCGAUUGGAAUUGCUAUCGCAGGGUUGAUUCUCAUGAUCGCUGUAGUAGCCGCCAUCUUGGUCCUACUCGCUAAGAGAAGACACAAAAACAUUUCAACAACCGGCUCGUCUAUUUACAGCGGGCCUUACACUAACACUGCUUACAGUCACAGCAGUUAA